AUGAUCUAUGGGUCUACUGGAGCUACCCACUUCGAUCAAUUAGCCAAGAUUUUGAUCAGAUACGAAAUAAAUGGUGCUCGAUCUAGUGCUGGCCGGGCGAAUCUAAGUUAUCUUCUGGUCAACUGUCCACCCAGUCAAGUGCAAAAAACACAGUUGAAUCAAGCAACGCACGCUGCUGGUGUGCUUCCUGCCUGCGAGGAAAGAAGAGCGACAAGGUUUAGUUUAGAUUUGACUGUUUGCAGCAUGGGAGCGGAUUCCCCCAAAAAUCCCUGGGAACAAUUUAAAAAAAGAUAUCUCGGUAACGAAAACAAUAGGGGGCUGUAUUGGCGAGAUCCAACGGUGAACAGCUGUCCAAAAGAAAAAUCGCCUGGAAGUCCGAGGACCUUUAGUACCGUACCCUACCCCCGAACCAGCAGCCUUUGCGCCAAGCAAGACCGCCCUUGUCCUUUCUCCAUUCCCCCUCCUUCUUUGCUUUGUUCCAAUAUAGUCUAA